AUGGCGGCGAAGCCGGCCGAGCUGAUGGGGGUCUGCUCCAGCUACCAGGCGGUGAUGCCCCACUUCGUCUGCGUGGCCGAGGAGUUCCCCCCGCCCGCCCGCCCCGCCAAGGCCCCCCGCGGGAAGGCGCGGCGGCCGCGGCAGUCGCGCUUCAAGACGCAGCCGGUGACUUUCGACGAGAUCCAGGAGGUGGAGGAGGAGGGGGUGUCCCCCAUGGAGGAGGAGAAGGCCAAGAAGUCCUUCCUGCAGUCGCUGGAGUGUCUGCGGCGGAGCACCCAGAACCUCAGCCUCCAGCGGGACCGCCUGGGCAGCUGCCGCCUGCGCAACAGCCUCGACUCCAGCGACUCGGACUCGGCCCUCUGAGGGCGGGGAG